AUGAAGGGGACUGUUUGCGGGGUUGUCCAAGCAUCGGAUGCCAUCCAUUCGGCACUCUUACCGCCCGAUCCCGACCCCGACCCCGAGACUGGCCGGGCUCCCUCUGUCCCUCCACCCCCUUACCCAAGCAAACGCCAUCAACACCAGCAACGCAUGCAUGCUGUCGAUCCCCCCUUUCGCAUUCAGCUUCAGCCCUACUCUUCAUCGACUUGGCACGCCACGUCUGCUAUCAGCCCCUUUCCAUGCAAUGCGAGCUUCUGCCUGUGGAGAAGGGACAAGGAGCAACCACCAAGGUACUGUACAUUGUGCUUAUACCACUUUACAUGA